CACUGCUAACCCCGGCUGGGGCCCUUACGGCGAUCUGUCUUCUACUCAACCACCUACCAUCAUCCGAGCUCUGCCCACCCCCUGUCCAAGAUGAGCCUGAAUUGUCUCCCUAACGAGCUCGUGGUGGAGAUCGGUCUGUUCUUGGAACCUCGAUCCCUGGCCAGCCUGAUCCAGUCGGCAAAGCGAUAUGCUUGGCUUCUGACCCCUCGACUCUAUGAUUUUUAUCUUCAACGUACUUACUGCUAUGGCCUCGAUCAAGUGAAACUCUGGAGCUCUCCUUAUGUGGUCAAGUACUUUCAAGGGCAUCCGUCCAAUGUGUCUCACAUGUAUAACUAUGGAACCCUGCUGCAUCAAUUCGCGGAAGCCGGAAACCUGUGCCUGUUAAACAUCCUUCUUUCCAGGGGUGCUCAUGUCAACGCAAAAGCCGAAAGUUUUGUGACACCUCUACAUCUUGCCGCAUCUGAAGGACAUGUAGACGUUGCGCAGGCCCUCAUAGAUGCGGGAGCAGAUAUCAACGCGCGCGAUGAGAAUAACGAAACGCCGUUGUAUAACGCGAUAUCCGAGAAACGCCGGGAUAUGAUUCCAUGUCUUAUCAAUUCCGGGGCAAACAUCUUUGCAGGCCAGCCCUUACCCUUUGAGGACGCCAUUUAUGACAAUAUGCCCGAAUUCUCGACGUUACUCAUCCAGGCUAUCAAGAGUGCCGGUCCGGAUAUUGACACCCUUAACGAAGAAGACUGCACAAUGCUACAUGUGGCCGCUAAAGCAGGAUGCGUCACUACUGUUCAACUAUUACUUGACAACAACGCAGACCCAUUUCGCACGACUCCAUCUGGGUGUACUGCUCUCCAUCUGGCAUGCCAAAGGGGACAUACGCAAGUUGCCAAGCUGCUUCUAAAUGCAAUGAGGCAUGCAGGUCAUGAUGCUUUUGCACAAGACACACUCGGCUAUACUCCACUACUUUCUGCAGUGGAAAGCUGCACAGCACCUCUUGUCCAGCUGCUCAUUGAUUAUGGAGACAGCAUAUCAGCUUCCGGUGAAUAUGCGUUACAGCUCGUCAAUUGGCGCAAGAUACAGGUCCAUGUCCUCUCAUUACUUCUUCGCCACAAACUGCCGGCAGUCCUAUACGAAGUUAUACAGACUCGCUUUCGCACUGAAGCCGAACACAUGAUGUACCAAGGAUUUCCCACCCAGCCUCAAUUACUAUUUCUAGAAAGGGCUCUACAAAUGGUCAAGUCUCACGAAACCACAAUCAACUUGUCUGCGAGCAGAGGGACUGGACCUACAAUACUGCAUUACCUGUGCAAGCUUGCCUUCAAAAGCAACGAGAUCCAUGAGCUUUUGUGCGCCUUCUUCAAAGCAGAUGCGGACGUCGACAUAUGUGAUCCCCGAGGAGAUACACCAAUUCAUAUGAUUCUGAAGGCAUCCAAUCGAUACAAGAAUCUGAAGCUUGUACAUCUGAUGAUCGACUCCAGCAAUGAUAUCAACAAAUUGAAAGAGGACCGCAGUAGCUACUUACAUUGGGCAGCGAUGUCAGGCCAUCCGCGUACUGUCCAGCUGCUCUUGGAUAGGAUGGAUGGUAGCACGAUAGUCUCUGUUAACAACAGGGGAGAAACAGCGCUCCAUAUGGCCGCAAAAGCGGCUAAUCACGCUGCUGUCCAGCAGCUGUUGACUUCCCACAUCAACGUCAAUGCGCAGGAUAUCGAUGGAAAGACGGCUAUGCACGUUGUCGCGGGUCUCGCAGGAGCAUCUACGGCCCAUUUACUGGUUGAAGGGGGGGCAGAUAUGACCGCCAUAGACGGGUUCGGAAACCCGCCGGUACACUAUGCCGUGGGCUACGAAAAUGCGGAAAUGGUAGACUUUUUCAUAGGAGCUGGUGCUGCCGUCCAUGAAGGUUGCUUUCUGUGCACAGACUGCUUGAGCCAGAAGCCUGCGAAGUGAAGCCUGCGGGGACAUAACAGGUGGCGACUUUUUGAGCUUUUGGCUCUUCAGAUACAGCAUCCAUGGAUGUGGGGGGUCAAUUUGAUGGUCUUGGUAGUGACGGUUCAGGUCCCAGGUACUUUGGACAAUGGUGUUAACACCUCGGGUUGCGAUAUGGUGAUUGGAUGGCUGCAGAAGGGUGUUUCGGUCCAACAGACUGCUAUAUUAUCGGGAUGGCAGUCUAAGGAUCGUUAAUUUCAAAAGAGAGAGAAAAAGCAUACGGGAAUCGCGAAUUAAUUCGUAUCCAUCUGUAUAUUCCGUCAGAUACCUGCCAAGCGGUGGGUAUACUAUAGUCUACACACGGGUACUCUCAACGAACAUAUAU